AUGGCAGGUCUCAAGUGCUCUGCUUCGCUUGCUCUGUUCCUCGCCCUGAGCCUUGUCUCCUUCAGCCUUAUUGCUGCGUGCACCGACAACUGCGACAUCAAGGUGCCUCCGCCGCCUCCGGCAGUGGGGACAUGCCCGAUGGACACCCUCAAGCUGGGGGUCUGCACCGACGUGCUCGAGGGCUUGCUGAAUGUGACGCUGGGGAAGCAGCCGGGGAUGCCGUGCUGCGGGUUGCUGAGGAGGCUGGUGGACCUGGAGGCGGCGGUCUGCCUGUGCACUGCGCUGAGGGCAAAUGUGCUGGGGAUCCGGCAUAACCUGCCGGUCAGCCUUAGCUUGCUUCUCAACUACUGCGGCAAGAAGGUGCCCGCCGGCUUCAUUUGCAAGUGAAGGGACUCGCCGGUAGCUGGAAGAUGGCAGUGCAGUCCCUGCUGCACGAUGUAGCUGCAUGCAUAUGAAAUAAUAAUCGACGUACGUGAAUAAAAAAUCUUUUUUUUCUUCAA